ACUAGACAAUGAGUUAAGUGUUCUGAUACAACAUUGUGGUUUUAUAUAAAUCAGAUUACAGAUUUCAACUAAAACGUUUGAUUGGAGUACAGUUUCUACUGUCUCUAAGUGCCUUGAUCACUUGUAAAACAAAAAAAGGCAAAGAUAAAGAGUGGUUAGUGCCACCUACGUACAUACAAACGUACGUCUGUCAUAUACUUGUAAUACUUACUCCAGUGCAGAAGGGGGCAGUAGCGCAUGUAUCGACAGCCUCAAACUGCCGUGAAACACAAAGAUUAAGAAGCACGCACAGCCGUUGUACUGUCAGUCAGAGUGUCAGUCAGUCAGAGAAGAACCGGUGGGCAGACAUGCAGAUCUGCCAGACUCCUUUUUAAGGUUCGCCUGUGCUUCUGGACCGAGUGAUGACGGUGAGUGUGUUCAAAUCUGAGCCGGACGAGUCAGACGAAUCACAGAAACCAAAAAUCCAGUGACGCGGUAAGAGUGAAGCAGAGGUCCAGACACGCAGAGCCGGGUGUGACAGUCAGCGUGUGGGAAUGGCAGCUCCCCGGCCGAUUAAAGGCAUCCUGAAAAACAAAAACACCGGCACUAACGUCAAGUCGCAGCCCGAGGAGGCGCCCCGAGAGAAACCCGAACAAGCCCCUGGACUGUCGGAGGAGGAACAGCAAAAGAAAUCACAGAAAUGGGAUGAGAUGAACAUCCUGGCCACGUACCAUCCUGCCGACAAAGACUACGGCCUGAUGAAGAUUGACGAACCAAGCACUCCUUACAACAGGAUGGUGGGGGACGAAGAUGAUGAGGGGCUGAGUGACUCGGACAGUCACACUGGCCUUCCGGCCGAUGACCUGGCGUCAAAGCUGGUGGCUGCAGAGGGCUCAGAGCCUCGCUUCAUGAAUAAAGAGGAGGAGAGCAGUGAGGAAGAGGAGGAGGAGGAGCUGACUCCUGAAGAACAAGCCAAAAAGAAGCAAUUCCAGAUGAUGAGGAAGAUGCACUACAACGAGGGCCUGAACAUCAAGCUGGCCCGCCAGCUCAUUGCUAGUGAACUAGAAGAGGAUGAGGAUGCUGAUGAAGAGAUGAGGGAGGACACAGAGGAGACGGAGGAGAUCAGUGUUGACCCACCACCAGAAGAGCUACCAGGGAGGUCCAAAACAGUCGGAGGGAGAUUCAGAGGUGAGACAAAAAGGGCCAGAGGAGACACAGGAAGGGCCAGAGUGGAGACAGGAAGGUCUAGAGGAGAAUUAGGGAAGUCCAAAGUGGAAUCAUUGAAGUUGAGAGCAAAUCCAGGGAAGCCCCGGGCAGACAUAGCAAAGACCAGAGCAGACUCGGUUAGGUCCAGACCUAAUGCAGGCAGGUCCAGAGCCGACACAGGGAGGUCCAAAGCAGACAUGGAUGCCUUCAGAAUUAAUCCUGAGGGGUUCCAGGGGGACAUAGACAUGUCCAGGUCAGAUGCAGACAUGUCUGCAGCAGCACCAGCUGAUUCUCUGGACUCAUAGGUGAGGUCAACUCUCCUGUGUGUCCGAUCCAGACAGACAAUGCCACUGCGCUGUGUUUCAACUCAGCUGUAGAGUAGACACACCGCUUUGAAACUCACAAAUACACACCCCGAUAGCCAAUAACCCUCCGGUCACCUUUACUGUCUCUACUAUUCCAUAGAACUGUGCAAUAAAACCCCCUUGAAACACACUGUUUAUUUUACCUCCCAGGAUCAGAACAAAUGAGUGAAGACUGUUGAAUCCUCCUCCCUUUUCUCCUGUUGCCAAGAGUUUCAGUUCCCCCACCUCUUUUAGACUGACGUGACGUGUGUGUGUUUCUGACCCUAAAAGGACGAUCAGCCUCUAAAACUACACUGUUCACAGAACUCCCAUCUGGCCCCCCCACAGUCUCCCUCUGCAGAGCCAGUAUGACAGGCCUGUAAAAACAGCAGGGAAUCCCUGCAGUCUCUAAAUGGAUGUCUCCUGUACCUGCUGCACUUCAGAAGGCUUUUAAUGUAACUUUUUCAUGACCUGUGACCCACACGUACGUAUGCGUUUCCUUCUAGCUUCAGUCUCUAUUAGUUGAAUAUCAAGUCUCUCUUUUUGGUUUCAUCCCCAUUCACAGACCGAUGAAUGAUAACAUUUUGUUCUUGUUUUACUGUGCCAUCAAUUAUGAAUUAGUUCUUAUAGUAGUGAUUAUGUAUUAUGGGUAGAAAAUAAUCACAAUAUUAAGUUUUUAACGAGUUUCUUUCCAUAUUUCCAACUCACAACCACAGUGUAGUUUAUGUGAACUCCAGUUAACUGUAACAUGCUAGUGCUUGGUUUCUGCUCAUUCAAUGGCGAGACUGUUCCAUGUGUGUAGCAUAACAACCAUUAAACUUUUUUUUGAUUUAAACUGUCCUAUAUACUGUACUAUGGCCUACAUAUACAAUUUCUCAGUAUUUAACAACAUAUCUUGCAGUAAUGGUUCCUGAACAAGAAGUUGUGCCCUCUAUAGGUGGGUUGACACUAAUUCUGUGUUAUUUUGAAUUAUACCAGUAUUUAGGAAUACUGGGGUUAAAUGAUGUAAGGUUGUGUUUACCAAAAUUUUUUUUUAUUCAAUUCCAAUUACAUCCUGGUUCCAAUGGUUGAUUGUUCAGGUGCAACGAUUAAGUACUACGGCACCCGCAAACAUCACAUGCUAAUUCUUCCAAAAUUUGGGAAAAGAAACCAGUCUGCACCAGCAGAGUUAGAUGUGUAGUAUCCAACAGUUGUAUCCAUGUGUUUCUUUCAUAUGGGUAUUGUGACCAUGAAAUAACAACAACCCAUAUUUAUGUGUUUUGGCCCCCUCUUUCUGACUAUGUCUGUCACCUAUGUGUGACAUUUUUAAAUCGAGGAAAGUAACCGAAGUUACCUGAAUCCUGUAAAUCCAGACCACAGGUAGUUUCUAAAUUUCAUUGAAUAUUGUGUAUGGUACACCAGCAGUCUAAAAUCAGGCAAUUGGUUUUUUAACAAAGCAGUUAUGGCUCAGUAUUUUCUUUUUCCCUCCUUGAAUUUUCUCCGUGAAAGACGCUUACAGGAAAUGUUCAUAAUAAAUUUCCUGUUAAAGAUUAAAGCGCUUAUGACUUGUUUUCAGUUCACAGGGCAGAGUUCUGAUGUUUCACAUCUGAGGUGCAAUGCGAUGCUACUGCAAACAUGGGGAAACUGGCUUUUUGUGUAGAUGUGACCAAAUAGCAGCUCUAACUUGGAUCAUUUCUCAUCACCAAUUUGUGUGCACAUUAUAAUUAUUAGACACGCGAUAAUUAAGUUUUUAUUUUAUCACCUAUUUAACGUUUAUUUAUGACUGACCUAACUCAUGAGCUUUUUGUGUAAUGAAGGCUGGGCAGGUUGAGAAAGAAUUAAACCGAUGCUACUGACAGGAUUGAGCUGAGCAGAUCAUGUUUGAAAUAAUAUUUUGUAAUGUUUGGGGUUUGUUAAAGCAAUAGGAGUCUUAAAUGUAAAAAGAAAUUGAGAAUAAAGGAGAAAAGAACUGUGAAUUCUUAUUGUGCAGACAAAAGAUUUCACUCGAAUGUGUUGCAGGGUGAAUAGAAUUGUCUAUGGCUGAAAUGUAUGACGGAGACUUUUGCCUCUGUUGAAUAUAUUUAAUUUUUGUUCUAAUCUUUAAUGACCUUUGAUUGGAAUUGAGUUUAUACCAUAGAUAACAAACAAGACAAAAUGUCCUGUUUUUUGUUGUUUUGUUUCGUUCAUUUUUGAAUGAAGUGGCUUUUCUUGUGUGUGGACAAAACCUUCAUAUUGGUUACACAGAAAUGUAGACAUGUUUGGAAUUAGUAUUUGACUCCACUGUUGAUAUUUCCAAUAAGUCACUGAGUUUGUAAAAAGAUAAUGACAACAGCAGCAGAGAGACCUGAGAUGAUUUGUUAAUAUUCACAUGUAAGACAAAAGGACAGCGUCGUCCGGAACAUGACUGAUGUGAUCGCCUCGCUUCAGGUGAUUCUUACUUGUCUAAUGUGCCUCUUUAGUAAUUAUGAACGUGUGUGUGUAAAGUGAGCAGAUAAUUGUCUUUACUGUCCUUUUUUUUCUUUGUCUGUGGUUUGUUUUUUAAGAGUGACUUGACUGUCCAACAGCCCCAUCAUUGCACUGAAUUUCUCUCAAAAACAUGAGGAUAUUAAAUCAUGUCCUUUUUUUGUAUUUACCAUUCGCAUGUUGUUAAUCACCCGACUGUGUGAAUUCCGUUUGUCUAAUAAACAGAUGUUGUUA